AUGAAAUUUAUCUCUUUUCUCGGUGCUUUCGUCCCUCUCGCCAUCCUAGUCAUAGCCGACCCUCCCGCAUGUCUUCUUGCCGCCCUCGGCCAGCAAGGUAUUCCAAGCGGAAUAGAACAACUCUGCACGGAAAAGCAGACAGCAAUGCUGAGCAACCUAACAAGCCUCUGCGAAAACAAUGCCCUCAGGCCCGCCUAUGAUUCUUACGCCUCAACCUGCUCAGAGAUUGGCGUCAAGGUAGACUCUCUGCCAGCGUCGUCGUCAGUUCCCGCCGCCACAGUGGAUGGCAUGCCUGGCAGCUCUACACCUCAUGUUACCUCGCCUCCAUCAUCUACCAACAUACCGUUAGUGUCCAUUAGUGCUCCCAGAGAAACUAAACCCGCCAGUACUGCAGGAGCCAUUGCACCUCAUGCCCUCUUAUUCACACUCUUCGGACUUUCAACCACAGGCUUGUUCAGUAUCGUUUUCCUAUGA